GCAUCGAGAGGUAGGGCUGAAGGUGCAACGGGAUGAGGCAUGGCGGCCACUCUAGGCGGCCCCAGGUAGAGGAUCACGCGGCGUAAGAAACGCGAGCAGAGGCUGGGAUCUGGGUCCUGCGGGAAGCCGGGCGGCUCAUGCCUGUGAUUUUCCCAAGGAGAUCCAUAACUACCCAGAGCUGAUCAGAAUUACUGACAUCAAUAUAGAUAAAAACAUGUUUUAAAAGAUGACUCAUCCUGAAGGGAAUGUAUAAAUUAAAGACUGUGUUUGUGUGUUCCUGAGACCUCCAGAGAAGAUGGCUUAUGUCAGCCUCAAGGAAAUUGCACUGAUAGUUGGAGUGGUGGCAGUGUGCUAUUGGAACAGUCUGUUUUGUGGCUUUGUUUUUGAUGAUGUCUCAGCCAUUUUGGACAAUAAAGACUUGCAUCCUUCUUCUCCCUUAAAAAAUCUUUUUCUGAAUGACUUCUGGGGGACUCCUAUGUCUGAGGAGAGAAGUCAUAAGUCAUAUCGUCCACUCACUGUCCUCACAUUCCGCCUGAACUACCUGUUCAGUGAGUUAAAUGCUGUUUCUUAUCACUUCCUGAACGUCCUUUUCCAUGCACUUGUUUGUAUAGUCUUCCUCAAGGUCUGUAAGCUUUUCUUGGACAACAGGAGCAGUUUGGUUGCAUCCUUACUAUUUGCAGUACAUCCAAUACACACUGAAGCGGUAACUGGUGUCGUGGGCAGAGCAGAACUUCUCUCCUCGAUAUUUUUUCUAGCUGCUUUUUUGUCAUACACCAGAUCCAGAGGUCCAGAAAACACGAUAGUGUGGACUCCUAUUGCAGUGACUGUGUUUCUGGUGGCGGUUGCUACGUUAUGUAAGGAACAAGGAAUAACAGUGGUGGGAAUUUGUUGUGUCUAUGAAGUAUUUAUAGCUCAAGGGUAUACCUUGCCCGUUCUUUGGGAUACGGUGUUCCAGAUUCUCCGAGGCAAAGGCAAUAUCCCUUAUUGUAUGCUCCAAAUGCUGCUGAAACUAAUAGUUCUCAUGUUCAGUACCCUACUCCUUGUUGUGAUCAGAGUCCAGGUGAUUCAGUCACAGUUGCCAGUGUUUACAAGGUUUGAUAACCCAGCUGCUGUGAGCCCUUCCCCUGCAAGGCAGCUGACUUUCAACUACCUCCUUCCUGUAAAUGCUUGGCUGCUCCUAAAUCCCUCAGAACUGUGUUGCGAUUGGACAAUGGGCACCAUACCAUUGGUGGAGUCUCUUCUAGAUGUGAGAAACUUUGCCACAAUCACCUUCUUCUGUUUUUUGGGAACACUGCUUGUCUUUAGUCUCCGGUUUCCUGGGGAUUCUUCCAAGACUGUAUUAAUGGCACUUUGUUUAAUAGUGUUGCCAUUCAUCCCAGCAUCAAACCUUUUUUUUCCUGUUGGCUUCGUAGUAGCAGAACGAGUGUUAUAUGUUCCCAGCAUGGGAUUCUGCAUGCUAGUAGCCCAUGGGUGGAAAAAGAUCGCAAGCAACAGUGUGCUGAGAAAACUCUCCUGGGUUUGUCUGUCAUUGGUGCUUUUUAUUCAUGCCUUAAAAACACUGCACAGGAACUGGGAUUGGGAAUCGGAAUAUACGUUGUUUAUGUCUGCUUUAAAGGUUAAUAAGAACAACGCCAAACUUUGGAAUAAUGUGGGUCAUGCUCUAGAAAAUGAAAAGAACUUUGAAAGUGCUUUGAGAUUCUUCAUACAAGCCACCCAAGUGCAGCCAGAUGAUAUUGGUGCCCACAUGAAUGUAGGAAGAACUUACAAAAAUUUAAACCGGACCAAAGAAGCUGAAGAUUCUUAUUUGGUUGCUAAAUCAUUGAUGCCACAGAUUAUUCCAGGUAAAAAAUAUGCUGCACGAGUUGCUCCCAACCAUCUGAAUGUUUAUAUAAACCUUGCAAAUUUGAUUCGGGCAAACGAGUCUCGCCUUGAAGAAGCAGACCAGUUGUAUCGCCAAGCCAUUAGCAUGAGGCCAGAUUUCAAACAAGCGUACAUCAGCAGGGGCGAAUUGCUUCUAAAAAUGAACAAACCUCUUCAAGCAAAGGAAGCUUACCUUCGAGCCCUGGAGCUGGAUAGGAGCAACGCAGACCUGUGGUAUAACCUGGCAAUUGUUUACAUUGAGCUGAAAGAGCCAACGGAAGCUCUGAAGAACUUCAACAGGGCUUUAGAACUGAAUCCUAAUCAUAAAUUAGCACUAUUCAACUCUGCACUGCUGAUGCAAGAAUCUGGUGAUGCUCGACUUAGGCCUGAAGCUAAGAAAAGGCUUCUAACUUACAUAAAAGAAGAAUCUCAGGAUGCAAAUGGCUAUUUUAACUUGGGCAUGCUUGCCAUGGACGACAAGAAAGAUGCUGAAGCAGAGACCUGGAUGAAAAAAGCCAUAAAGCUCCAACCGGGCUUCCGCAGUGCUUUGUUCAAUUUGGCAUUGCUUUAUUCUCAGACUGCAAAGGAGUUGAAGGCUUUACCAGUUCUGGAAGAGCUCCUGAGAUACUAUCCCGAUCAUACCAAAGGUUUGAUUCUGAAGGGAGACAUUUUGAUGAACCAAAAGAAAGAUAUACGGGGAGCUAAAGAGUGUUUUGAGAAAAUUCUGAAAAUGGACCCAAACAACGUACAAGGAAAACAUAACCUGUGUGUCGUGUAUUUUGAGGAGCGAGACCUAUUAAAAGCAGAGAAAUGUUUAGUGGAGACACUGGCCUUGGCGCCACAUGAGGAAUACAUCCAGCGCCAUUUAAGCAUAGUCCGAGGUAAAAUUGCUUCACUCGGUACAGGGGAAGCAGCUGUGCUCCCCAAUGAGAAGACUGUUGCUGUAGAGGGAAAAAAAACUCCAUUCGAAAACUUGAAAGGGGCAAAAACUGAUCCGAAAAGUACUCGGACCGCAGAUAGUAACAGCAGCAAAGGACAGACCAAGACCAAGAAACAUGAGAAAAAUACCACAGACAAAGAGACAAAAAAGAAAUCUACAAAAGAAAUAAAAGACAUUGAGAAAAAAAGGGUCGCUGCUCUGAAAAGACUAGAAGAAAUUGAACGUAUAUUAAAUGGGGAUUAAUUUUUGGGGACGCUUCCAACGCAGAAGGUUGAUGCUAUUUCCAAGGUUAUUUGUGUGUUCAGUCAAGAAAUGACCACUGGGUGAUUUUUGAAUUUGAAAAGAAAAUUGAAAGCAUAUCAUGUAAAAAAGCAAAAAGGAUAAGGUUUUCUACUACACAAAGAAGUAAUCUGUUAGGAAAAUCAUGGGUUUUAUUCGAAUACGUUUGUUUAAGGGAUUGAGCAUAACUGACACACAUUUUCCAGCAAUGGAAGUUGUAAUUGUAAUGCUAAUGUUUAGAACUACAGCCUAUUUGCCAGGAAGCAAGUCCCAAUGGACCGUAGGGGCUUGCUUCAGAGUGAACCUGUUAUGGACAAGGCUGCAAAUAACUAGCAACCAGACACUUUCAGUUCUUUGCAUUCUCAAAGAAUUGCAAAAUGCUAGAAAGCAAAUAUUUAAAGAGUACCUCAGGUAUGAUGGUUUCUAAGCUGACUUUAAGAGGAAUUCACUGGUUUGAGUGCUUAAGGAAUGCAAAUUUAGUUUGGAUAACUGACUUUAUUUCAGUU